AUGAAAUCACAUACUCAAUAUGAUUUUAAUGAAUUAAUCAAAAAUUAUUUAUUAGAAUGGACAAAUAGUUACGACUAUGAAAAGUUAUAUGUUAAUAUGUCAAAAAGUAAUCAAACACGAACAGCAAAAGAGUUUAAUGAAGCUAUUGAAGGAAAAGAUAGAUUAGUAUUUAUUAUUGAAAGUGCAAAAGGAAAUGUAUUUGGAAGUUAUUGUGGUUCAAAAAUUGAGUCAAGUACAGCUUAUGUUUGGGAUGAUCCUAACCAUUUUGUGUUUACAUUAAAAAAUAAUGUUGAUAUUAAACCUAAAAUAUAUAAACGACGAGUUGAUGGGAUUUUACCUACUUUAUGUUUAUGGUCAAAUGAAAAUCAAGAAAACGUAUUUUCUGUUCCAGGAUUAUGUUGGAUCACAAAUGCAUUUAAACCAAGUUUAGUUUAUCGAAAUUUUAGCAAUAUUUAUAAUGAUAAUGGAGAUGGUUAUGGGGUGUUUUGUACAAAUGAAAAUAAAAUAGAGAAAAAGGCUAAUGCUUCAUUUGUUAGUGUUAGCUCUAUUCAAGUAUAUCGAAUGAAACCAAUUGGAACUUCUUUUACAUUUAAAUGUCAUGGUAAAUUUGAUAAAGGGUCAUUAGAUAGUUUCUUUAGUAAAUAUGGUAAAUGUCAUGUAGAGCUUAAAGGAACAGCAGGAUAUGUAAGAUUAAAUUUUGAAAAUGCUACAGACGCAGCAAAAUGUUAUCAAGAUAAAGAUAAAUUAAUUGAAAAAUUAGGAAGUUACUUAGAGGUGAAGUAA